AUGUGUUCUCUGAUUUCGGGGUUCAUCGCCGAGGCAGUCCUGCAACCGUUAGAGUCGCUGGUCUUUCAACACCACAAACCGAAGUUCUGGGACCGAAAUGUGGACGAUACCUUCGUCGUUAUCGAUCGGGAUCCACUGCUGACAUUUAAGGAACGUCCGAAUGCGGUCUUCCCGGACAUAAAAUUUACGAUGGAGGAGGAAGAGAACAACCAGCUGGCCUUCCUGGAUGUCCUCGUAUGCCGCAAAGAUUGUGGUGGACUAAAGACCAAAGUGUUCAGGAAAGCUACAAAUACGAUGCAAGUACUGGACUUCAACAGCAACCACCCCAUCAGACACAAACACAGUUGUGUAAGGACGCUCUAUCGGCGUGUCGAAACGCACUGCAGUGAGUCGGAAGACAAGAUUGCCGAACUACAAUACCUCCGACGAAUCUUUAAAGCCAAUGGCUACCCGCGCAACUUUGUCAACCGGUGCAUACACAAAAUAGACCAAAGGCCUAACCGCACGGACACCAAAGUUUGGGGUGCGCUUACAUAUGUCAAGAAGGUUUCGGAAGUUGUCGGCCGCCUUCUCGCACCACUUGGGGUCGGAGUUGCACACAGGCCGGAGGCAACCAUCAGGCGUCCGUUGAUGAAACCAAAAGACCCACUGCCACCGCAAGAAACGUCUGCAGUGGUUUAUCGGAUCUGGUGCAGUUGCGGGCAAAGCAACUACGUCGGAGAAACCGGAAGACAGCUCCAAACGCGAAUGACCGAACACGCUGCAAAAGUGCGGAGAAAUAACGCUAGCUCUCAAGUUGCGGCUCAUUCGACGGGUUCCGGGCACACAUUGAAAAUUGAUGAGGCCGAAAUUGUCGCAAGAGGUGACAACCGCGUGAGCCGGGAGCUGCUUGACUCAUGGUUUGCUGGCCCCCAGUUUAUUAGCAAGUGCAGUGAUCUUCCCAUUCAAUACUGCGUGCUGAGACUUCGUCUAGGCGGAGUAAUUGACCACGCGGGGAACGCACUGGUGAACACUCGUCCCAACACCCGGGUCAAGGCGUCAGAUGGUCGAGCAAUCAUCACAUCAACAUCCAACGCACGUGAUGAAAUUGCAGCAAUUAACGACGCGAAUAUCGGCCAUCACGCCACGGGCAACGGACCCUGA